GCUCAGAGCCAGGACGUGGCCGCCCGCGCUCUCCCACCGGCAGCUUAGAAAUCAUGUGGAAUGGAGGGCCGCUGCGAUAAGCCAAAGGAGUCGCGUGGUGCGCCAUCGCGCGCAGCACGGCAGCAUGAAGCUUCUGCAGACCGUCAAGCGCCGCAUGAGUCGCUCGGGCUCCAGCGACAAGAAGAAGGCGGCCGCCUCAAAGGCCAACGGGGAGAAUGCCGCGGGCAAGGGCGGCGCCCCGUGCGACGCGGGCAUCCCGGGGGCCCCGCGCGUGGCGGCGGACGUCGGGGCGCUGCCCAAGCUGCGGGAGGCGCCCCCGCUGGAGCGGCCAGAGCUCUUCCGCAGGAAGAUGGAGGCCUGUUCCGCCGCACUGGACUUCGGCCAGGACACGGCCCAGCGCGAGAAGGAGGCCAAGCGCCAAACGCUGCUCGAGCUCGUCGAGUACGUGAACAACACUCGGAAUUGUUUUACCGAGCCGAUCAUGCAAGAUGUGGUGAGCAUGGUCGGUAGCAACAUCUUCCGCGCCUUGCAGACGCAGAACAGAGAUCCACGGUUUUAUUCAGAUCCCGAGGACGACCAGCCCUGCUUGGAGAAGGCGUGGCCGCACCUGCAGAUAGUGUACGAGUUCUUGCUGCGGUUCGUGAUCUCGAACGACGUGGAUCCGAAGAUCGCCAAGCGAUUCGUGGAUCAGAACUUCAUCAUGAAGCUCCUAGAGCUGUUUGACUCCGAGGAUCCGCGCGAGAGGGACUACCUGAAGACCGUCCUGCAUCGCAUCUAUGGCAAGUUUAUGGCGCUGCGUUCCUUCAUCCGCCGUGCCAUCCAGCAUGUCUUCUUUAAGGUCAUCUACGAGUCCGGGACGCACAACGGCGUGGGUGAGCUACUGGAGAUCCUUGGCAGUAUCAUCAACGGGUUCGCCCUGCCCCUGAAGGACGAGCACAAGGACUUCCUGCUCAAGGCGCUGCUUCCCCUGCACAAGG